AUGGAGGGCAUAGGCAGCGGCUGGGCAGCUGAGCUCACCCCCCCAUGCGUGAUGCUGCAUGAUGUGAAUGGGAGUGACAGUGGUCAGGUCUUUGAGGUGGUGCUGCAAAACAGCUCCUCCAAGCGCAGCCCCCAGUUUGUGGGCGUGGAGCUGCUGCAGUCCUUCAAGCCGCUCAUCAUCCCCUGCUACACCCUGGUGGCCCUGGUGGGGGUGUUCGGCAACUACCUGCUCCUCUACGUCAUCUGCUGCACCCGCAAGAUGCACAACGUCACCAACUUUUUCAUCGGGAACCUGGCCUUCUCCGACAUGCUGAUGUGUGCCACGUGCGUCCCCUUCACGCUGGCGUACGCCUUCAACCCCCACGGCUGGGUGUUCGGGCGCUUCAUGUGCUACCUGGUCUACCUCAUCCAGCCGGUGACGGUGUACGUGUCAGUCUUCACUCUAACUGCCAUCGGUGUGGACAGAUACUACGCCACAGUGCACCCCCUAAAAAAGCGCAUCUCGGUCUUGGCGUGCACCUAUCUCCUGGCCGGGAUCUGGCUGAUGUCCUGCAGCCUGGUGGCCCCGGCUGUGGCUCACACCUACCACGUGGAGUUUAAGAACGAGGGCUUCACCAUCUGCGAGGAGUUCUGGAUGGGCCAGGAGCGGGAGCGGCUGGCCUACGCGUACAGCACCCUCUUCAUCACCUACGUCCUGCCCCUCUCCGCGCUCUGCAUCUCGUACCUGUGCAUCUCUGUCAAGCUGCGGAACUGUGUCGUACCCGGCCACCACACCCAGAGCCAGGCGGAGGCCCAGCGCGUGCGAAAACGCAAGACCUUCCGCCUGGUGAGCCUGGUGGUGGCGGCGUUCGGCAUUUGCUGGCUGCCCAUCAGCGUGUUCAACGUUCUGCGCGACAUUGACAUCGACCUGAUUGACAAGAGGUACUUUCUGCUCAUCCAGCUGCUCUGUCACCUGUGCGCCAUGAGCUCGUCCUGCUGUAACCCGUUCCUCUACGCCUGGCUGCACGACCGCUUCCGCUCCGAGCUGCGCAAGAUGUUCACGUGUCGCCGUCGCAUCGGCAUCUCGGCCAAUAACUGUGCCACAGCCAGCGUGGUUCUGUAA